UAGAGACGGUUAUUUUGAAUUUUGGGUUUUACUAGAAUAUUAGGAUUGGAUGUUACCGGGGACAUUGGUUUUUGUGGAUUGAAGAAGAGAGCGGAUGCAAAUAAUAUGUCGGAGGGAGUUGGUUAUGUUUAAUUAAAGCUGACAAUUCUCAAAUCAGACCUGAGCCAUGUGUGUUUAUAAACUGAAUUUUGCGUGGCAAGUGGUUGCAGAGUGGUUUUGGCAGGCGCCUGGCUUCUCCAAAUAGUAGUGCCUCACCAAUUCCCCUGCGCCUCUCUGCUUCACUCGCGCUGCCCUGCCCUUUUCUGUACCAAACAAGCGAACGCAUAAUUUAAUACUCAUUCCCAUUCCGUCCGUUCAUUAUAAUAAUAUUAUUAUUAUUACGGCGCUUCUCCAUUCAAUGCAAUUCCCCAUUCCUACAAUUCAACUCCCUCAUUCCUCCUUUCGUCUCUGAUUCCCAACUCCCCUUCCCCAUUUCCAUGUUUCCAACAUAGACAUGAUAGCCAGACCGGCGGUCCAGUACACGAGUCUCAGGGAUAUCAUACCACAGCAUCUGCCGCCGCCGCCGCCUCCGAUCGUGUCUCCCGCCUACAAUUCCAGCUGGAAUGAGAUCCCCAUCAAGAAUCCCCUCGUUAAGCAGGCUGCCCUGGCUUAUCUCCAGGCCACGCCCACCCCGACUGAUGUCGCCAGUAAGGGCCUCUUUCACGUGUUGAACGACAGGUGCUUUUGUGGAGACAGAGGAGGCUCCGCAUGCUUCGACUGGCUCAACGGCGUCGUCUUAAAGGCGAUCGCCGAAUUUUUUGUCAGGCUUUGUGAACUAAGAAGAAGGGAUGACAGUGAAGACGCCGACGACGAGGAGGAGAUCGUUGACUGAGAGACGGACCAGACAUCACAAUUUACUUUCUUGGAACUUUCCGUUUGACCAGUAGAUGAGGUGUUCCGUCCACUGUAAAUAGUGACGAUCCUUUCUUUUCUUCCUCUUGAAAAAAAAAAAAAAAAAGAUUUGUUCCCCCUGCUGGUCGGUAAGGCAACUGUAAAUACUAUUUUCCCCCCUACUUCAAAAGUGAUUGUUAUUAUCAUGAAAGUUUGAUUUCAUUUAAAAA